GAGCCGCAGAACAAUCACAGGGAGUUGAACAUCGAUCGAGGGAAACCAUCAUCUUCUCGUAAGAUAUGGCAUCGUCGGCAGCGAUUUCUUGUUCGUUUCUCAGCAAAUUCUUAGCUUGUUUUCCUCGCUUUCACUCACCGGCUCGAAUGUUUUCAAUAACGACGACGAGCUUGACUGGUGUGACUUCCCUUCCUCCUCAUCACCACCACCACCACCACCAUCUCUCUUCAAGUCUAAACAUAACUACUAGCAUCAAUCAAUCAACACCAUCGCUUAAAUCAACUACUGGGUGGAGACUAUUCAGCUUCGAGGCCAAUACCAACAGCCCCAAAACCUUUGCUUUCUCCGAUUCCGAUGAAGACGACGAUGUGGACGCCAAGCGCAAAACCCAGAAGCAGACUAUAGAUAAGAGCAAGCUUCCCUCUGCUUACGACCCAUUCAGUAAGAAACCCGUCGUCGAAGAGCCCAAAGACCCCAAGGAUCUUCAAGAGGUAUUCCAUAAAAUGAGGUCUGAGGGGCUCAUCAAUAAUGCAAUCAAGAUGUUCGACGCUUUGUCCAAGGAUGGCCUUACCCACGAGGCCAUGGAAUUGUUCGCUCAGAUCAAGGACAAAGGCGCUAUGCCCGACGUGGUAGCCCACACUGCCGUGGUUGAGGCUUAUGCCAAUGCUGGGCAGAGCAAGGAAGCUCUGAAGGUGUAUAUGAGAAUGUUGGCUUCUGGUGUCAAGCCCAAUGCCUACACUUAUACCGUUUUGAUUAAGGGCCUUGCUAAGGACUGCAAAUUAGCUGAUGCCAAGAAGUACCUCGUGGAGAUGAUGGAUAAGGGAAUGCGGCCCAAUGCUGGAACCUACACUGCUGUAUUUGAGGCGUUUGCAAGUGAGCAGAAGAUAGAAGAGGGGAGGGAAUUCUUGGAGCAGAUUAAGGCUAAGGGGUUCAUACCAGAUGAGAAGGCAGUCAGGGAGCAUCUUAGCAAGAGAGGCCAGGUAUUUAGAAGUGUUAUGGAUAUGCUUUUUGGAAAAUAAUCAUAUACAAAUUGUUGAAUUGUACCACCAGCAUCAACCCAAGAUCUGUUCUACUAGAAUGUGAAAUUUAGAAGGAAAAAAACAGAGGUGACUACAAGAAGAGUUUAGGAUAGGUUGUCUUAGCAAUUAGUGCAGGGUCCUAUGGAUGGAAAUAGAGUUGUCUUGCAGUGUAGACUCUUUAUCUGGUACUACCACCAUUACCUGUCUUCAAUUGUGUGUCGAGAAUAAAGACCCAGAUUGGGGAACAAACAUGUAGUUCUGGUUCUACUUCUAGAUUGGAAAUUUCGUACCA